GGAAAGCCAAUCCCAAAAUCACCACCACGAGACUCCCAUCCAUCUCCUCAUUUCAUCCCCUUUGGAAACAACCCCCCCAGUACUGCCAGAGCAGAAAUGGCGCUAACUCUCCCCAACACAUUUCUCCAAAUCAAGCCUUCUCCUCCCGCUUCACUCCCUCCCAGAAAGGUGGUGACUGCAAGGGGAGGGGGCUAUAGGCCGCAAGUUACUUGCCGGAAGAAGGACAUCCACCCGGAAUUCCACGAGGAUGCUAAAGUCUACUGCAAUGGAGAAUUGGUGAUGACAACAGGUGGGACGCAGAAGGAGUACGUGGUGGAUGUUUGGUCGGGGAACCAUCCUUUUUACCUCGGGAACAGGUCGGCCGUCCUUGUGGACGCUGACCAGGUCGAGAAGUUCCGUAAGAAGUUCGGGCAGUUGUCUGAGAUUAUGGAGAUUCCGGUGCUUAAGGGUGAGAUUAUUUUGCCCACUAAGCGUAAGGCUGGUAAAGGCGGCAAGAAGAAGUAGAUUAAUCCCUAGUAAUUUAAUUUUGUUCCAUUUUUCAAAUUUGUUCAAGAUACGGUGUUGAAAUGCUUGGUUUGUGUUUGAUAUUAUGCUUAAUCGUGGAUGUGAAUGGACUUGGCUAA